AAAUGUCAGACGAUCGUGCUUACAAAUGGACACGACAAGAAAUCGUCAAAGCCGACACUAUACUGAUCUGCCAAAGUACGAAGAACCCAAUAAUUGUUCUCCUAAUAAUGAUAAUAGAAUGCAACAAAAUCAAAAGACUUGUCAAAGAAAUCAUUCUAGUCGAAAUAAUAUCUCUAAGAUGAAAUAUAAUUUAAAAGCAGAUUAUCAAAACAGUCCUAGAUUUAAGAGCGAUUCUAAGCCUUACCAAUACGAUAGUAACCUUUCAAGACAGAAUGGAGAAUGUAGAGCAGGAAGGGAUGCAAACAAUAAGAUACUUUAUAAAAAUUCAGCUUUUAGAAUUCCCACUUCCAGUAAGAGCGAGCAUGCCGAUGAUGAGGAUGACAAGGAUGCAUCUCCAAUCCAUUACUCCGUCAAGGCUUGCAAAAAGGGAAGUUUUAACUUUAUCGACUCUGCGCGAGCCCAUUGCCAGGAGGUCAAUAAAAGAUACCGUCAGCCGCGGCAGUUGCCUACGGUUGGCAUGGAUGACUUGGUUCCAACUCCUGAUUCCAGUAAUAAGGACUCAAAGAAAUUGGGACCGACUCGGAACACAUUCCAUAGUCCCAAGAAUUGCGAUGACCUCAGAUCGAUAGUUCGCUCGCAAAUUCAGAUCCAGCAGGUUUUGGAUCAUUCCAUAAGGGCGGGAAUAUCGCCGUUGAACAGCUCCCCAAGAGAAGAUACUUCACCAAAUGAAGAGUUAUUGAGCACAGCUAGGGCGACCAAGGGAUCGCCCGUUCGGCAUCAUUGCGAGCCGGUCCAUAACCGCUAUCAGUGCCAAAAACACUCUAACACAAAGAAUUUUCAUCAUAGUAGCAGUGGGUCGAGUACCAAGAACACUAAACCCUCUGAAGUUACCGUAAUCAGUGCCAAAAGUGGCUUAGAUCUGAGGAAAAUAGUUCGCUCGCAAAUAGAAGUACAGAAGGACUUGGACAUCUCUAUGAGGGCCGGACUUUCAAAGAAAAAGACUGUCCAGACUACAGCCCAGGUAAACCAAAUUCCCUUUGACAUCGGAACCACCUUCAAGGUUCCCAACAUGAGCAAUCCAAUCAAUGUAAACAAGAUUGAAUCCCAAAUGGAGAAUUCCCCCCAAGCCUCCUCUAGUAUUCAACCACUUGACUUCACCGUCAGUGCCGAUGAUAUAGUUAGCUCCAAGGUCAUUACCCCCGUCAUCCAAAAGAUACAAAGGAUGUAUCUAAACACAUUGCAGGACGAAUUGUCUAUUAUGGAAUAUAUGCAGAAGGUCCCAAAGUUGGUCAGCGAAGUUUACAGGCGCGAGGCCGCCGAAAAAGAUUCAAAGAGUUAA